CUGAUUCUUAGUGUAGAGAGAGAGAGAGAGAAAGAGAGAGAGAGGCCACCCAAUUGUGAACAAAAGGGGUUUGGAUCAGUCUUGCAGCAUAUCUAUCUCUCUACCUAUAAGAAAAAACUCAUUCUCAUUCAUGUAUAUUAUAUAUAUCAUCUGAAUUUGGUUAUCAACUCCAAACCAUGGAUGGUCAUCAAUACAUUUCUCAUAAAGAAAAGGUGGAAAAUCUAAAAUUGCAACUGGAAAGCUUAAGCAGAGAAAAUGAGAAUCUUAAAAUGAUGAUAGAGGUUAUCAGUGACCGAUACAACAUCCUUCAAGAACACGUCCAGAGGAAGACGGAAGAACGGAUGAGCGGUGCAAUAACUACCAACAGCCUUGACCAUGGGGGCAUUGGCUCAAACAAGAUGGUGACCGCAGAUCCAGUGGUCAAGACAUCACAGGUUUUUGUGAGAGCCAAACCAAGUGAAAAGAGCUUAAUAGUGAAAGAUGGGUUUCAUUGGAGAAAGUAUGGCCAGAAAUUUACUAAAGAUAAUCCUUCCCCUCGAGCUUAUUUCAAGUGUUCAAUGGCUCCCGGAUGUCCAGUAAAGAAGAAGGUGCAAAGAAGCGUGGAGGAUGAGUCCAUCCUAAUGGUAACUUAUGAAGGAGAACAUAGCCAUGGAGUUCAUUACAGCACAGCUGUGGAUUUCUCUUCUUCACCGGAUCAUAGUCUGGUCUCAGCUAAUCUUUUUCGGUCAACUAUAGAUCUUACUCAAAAUUUAGCUACAGACACCAAAAAUGAAGACACCUGCAAAAGAGUUGAAGAAUAUGCUGAAACAUUAACCAAAGAUCCUAACUACAUGAUGGCUUUAGCUAAAGCAGUUGCACAUUCCAUUACUAAACAAAUAGUAUAAUAACUUGAUCUAAGUGUGAAUUUUAUGUUAGAUUCAUGUGGUCUUAAUGACCAAAUCAAAAGGUUUAUGUA